UGGUGUGAAUCACUUAAGGGUAAUUGUUCUGUCAGAUCACAGUGAGGGGUGAAAAUAUUGACAUAAGACCCUAAAAAUUAGUUUAAAGGGACUGCAAUGUGUAAAUGUUUUUACCAAAAGCAACUCUCCCAAGUGACUAAAAUAAAUACAAUACAAUUAAUUAAUUAAAGUAUUGAUUGGUCAAUUGAUUUCCAUAAAUGGAUAAGUCUCGCAAAAAUAACAACAGAGACCGGACCGUUUCGGACCUAUCCUCGGGCCUUUUAUGUUGAAGGUCUAAAGCGGAAGUGUAUAAGUAGAAUGCGGCGUUUGGACUCCGCUGCUCUCAGAGAGACAGAUGAGAGCAGAACAGGUUGGAGCAGCAGACUGACGCUGCGUCGCUGACUGGAGACUCUUUCCUGAAGAAACAUGGCUCAUUUCUGUGGGUUUCAGCUGAGGGAGAAGACGAGCUUGUGAUCAAAGCUGUGGAUUUUUAAAACAUUUGUCCUCCUCCCCUCACUUCACCUGUAGGCUCUGGUGAGAACGGACGAGCGGAAUAGUGUUGGACAGAAACUGCUUUUUCCAGAAAACCUAGUACAGAAGCGCCGACGGAGAGCGUUUCGGGAAGUAGCUGUGCUGCCUGUUGAGAGUUGGUUCAGGGACAGAAACAGAAAAGUACCCGUGGAUACAGACAACAGCAUGGCUUCACCCACACUCCUGCGCACAGCUCUGACCUUCCUGUGUUUGUUUCUCUUUCUAAAUGUUGGAAUCUUUCGCGUUAAUGGGCAGUACGGAGACCGUGGAAUGUCGAUACCGGAGCACGGAUUUUGCCAACCGAUCUCCAUUCCUCUGUGCACUGACAUCGCCUACAACCAGACCAUCAUGCCGAACCUCCUGGGUCAUACUAACCAGGAGGAUGCAGGACUGGAGGUGCAUCAGUUCUACCCGCUGGUGAAAGUCCAGUGUUCCCCGGACCUUAAGUUCUUCCUCUGCUCCAUGUACGCGCCUGUGUGCACCGUGAUCGAGCAAGCGCUGCCGCCGUGCCGCUCUCUGUGCGAGCGCGCGCGGCAGGGCUGCGAGGCGCUCAUGAACAAGUUCGGCUUCCAGUGGCCCGACAGCCUCGCCUGUGAGUCCUUCCCAGUGCACGGCGCCGGAGAGCUGUGUGUUGGGCAGAACAUGUCAGACCGCACCGAGCCAGAGGGCGCUCCUGCUGCGUACCCGACGGAGCGCCAGCCUUUAGACCCCAGCCACGGUCAGUUCAGGUGCCCGUCCUCUCUCCAGGUGCCCCACUAUCUAAACUACCGCUUCCUGGGGCUGGAGAACUGCGCUGCUCCCUGUGAGGCCAAAAGAUCCCAUGGCAUGAUGUACUUCAGUGAGGAGGAGCUCAAAUUCGCACGGAUAUGGAUCGGGAUCUGGUCGGUCCUGUGCUGCGCUUCCACCUUGUUCACAGUCUUGACCUACCUGGUGGACAUGAAGCGCUUCAGCUACCCAGAGCGCCCCAUCGUCUUCCUGUCUGGCUGCUACACCAUGGUCUCCAUCGCCUACAUCAGCGGGUUCCUUCUGGAGGACAAGGUGGUCUGCAACGACAGGUUCGACAAUGACAUGAAGACUGUGGUGCAGGGCACCAAAAAGGAGGGCUGCACCAUGCUCUUCAUGAUGCUCUACUUCUUCAGCAUGGCCAGCUCCAUCUGGUGGGUCAUCUUGGCCCUGACCUGGUUCCUGGCUGCGGGAAUGAAAUGGGGCCACGAAGCCAUUGAGGCCAACUCGCAGUACUUCCACCUUGCAGCUUGGGCCGUCCCUGCCAUCAAGACCAUCACCAUCCUGGCCGUAGGGCAGGUGGAUGGAGACGUUCUGAGUGGUGUCUGCUUCGUUGGCAUCAACAGUGUGGAUGCUCUACGAGGUUUUGUUCUAGCACCACUGUUUGUUUACCUCUUCAUUGGAACCUCCUUCCUGUUGGCGGGUUUUGUGUCCCUCUUCCGUAUCAGGACCAUCAUGAAGCACGACGGCACCAAGACGGAGAAGCUGGAGAAGUUGAUGGUGCGAAUUGGGAUCUUCAGCGUGCUGUACACUGUGCCAGCCACCAUCGUCAUCGCCUGCUACUUCUACGAGCAGGCCUUCAGAGAGCAGUGGGAGAGAACAUGGAUCAGCCAGACCUGCAAGUCCUACGCUGUGCCAUGUCCGAUACAGAACCACCCCAACAUGAGCCCCGACUUCACGGUCUUCAUGAUAAAGUAUCUCAUGACACUAAUUGUGGGCAUCACGUCUGGGUUUUGGAUCUGGUCAGGGAAGACCCUGAACUCCUGGAGGAGGUUUUACACAAGACUGGCCACGAGCAAACAGGGUGAGACCACAGUGUGAUGUGUUUUGAUCAUCCUCUCCUGAGCUUCACCUUUUAGACUCUCAGUAUGUUUUUUAUUGUACAGAUACACUUUUUCCAGAUUUUUUUAAGUAUAUAUUUGUAUUUAAAGAUUUGAAAAAUCUUCCUUUUUCAAAAAAAAAAAAAAAAAAGAAACAGCAGUUUUUCCUCCUUCUGACUCACUGUGGACACUACUGGGAUUAUGUGCAUCUUUGAUCAGUGAACUGCCUCAGAGCAGUGGGCUCUAUUCUAAGCAGAGUCCCGUGAAACCCAAGUGCUUCCUCGUGGCUGCCUCUUCAUCCUCAUUAAGCAGCUGCAAUGUGUUUUGUUUGCUCCACUGUGUUCAGUGGGGUCUUCGGCAGUCAGUUCUGGGACAACAGACAGCUCAUGGUUGCACAGGUUGAGAAUGUGACUCAUUGUGACAGAUGGUUGUGGCUCUCAGCCCGGGCCGUGACAGAUUUGAACAUUCCUUUUCCAAAAUAAAACACACCUCAUGAUGGUAGAUUACAGGGCCACAGCAGUGUCUCUGUACGUCUCAUUGUUUAUUGUUGAAUGGCUUUCUACAGUCUCUUAGAUUAGAUGCUGUCUACAUCAGGUGUUUCUCAAAUGGUGGGUCGCGCAAUCAAAUUUGGUAGCAACUAAUAAUUUCUAGUUUUUCUGCCAUCCUUUUGUCAACUUGCUACGUUUGUAUACAUUGUAGCAUUUUAGGAGUUGUGCUGUCAAUCUUAUCAGUGACCUGCCAGCGUUUUUAACUUUUUGUUUGGUUUAUUCAAUUUUUAAAAAUUAUUCAGCAAUUUUGUUCCUCCCAAGGCAACAAAAUGAAUCCAUAAAAUUUAUUUUCUCUAA